CCGGCCCGGCCCGGCCCGGCCUGGCCUCGCUGCGCGCAGCCGACCCGGAUCGUCGCGGCGGAGCCGGCCGAGCGUCGCGGAAGAUGCGUCGCCCGCUCGCCUGCCUGCACGUGCGUCGGAGCGGGCAGCAGUCACCGCCGCCGCCGCCGCCGCAGCGCAGGGCAGGAUCGCGCCAGCUCUGAAGCGUGCAGACCCGCCACUGCUAUGGGAGACUCUGUUGCAGACCUGGCCCUAGGGACAGGCUUGGAUGAGGCGCCCAGCUCGGUGUCGCAGGGGAAUGGCGGGACCUCUCUCAGCGUCAUCACGGAAGGGGUCGGCGAGCUGGCAGUUAUCGACCCCGAGGUGGCAAAGAAAGCUUGUGAAGAAGUCCUGGAGAAGGUCAAGCUGAUGCACGGCGUUUCCUCGGACGGCUCAGCGAAAUCGGCCGAUGGCGACGCGGUGGAGCGCGCCCCGCAGGCUGCUGCGGAUCUGGCCAACGGAGACGUCGGAGAGGGCUGUGAAAUCAAGUGCUUGGACGAUCCGCCCGACACAGCCUCGAGGAUCCAGGAGGAGGACGAGACCACGGCCAACACGGUGAAAGUUGCCCGGAGGCGGCAGAAGAAUAACUCUGCCAAGCAGUCCUGGCUCCUGCGCCUCUUUGAAUCCAAACUCUUUGAUAUCUCCAUGGCCAUUUCAUACUUGUACAAUUCAAAGGAACCUGGGGUGCAGGCUUACAUUGGGAAUAGGUUGUUCUGCUUUAGGAACGAGGACGUGGACUUCUAUCUGCCGCAGCUGCUGAACAUGUACAUCCACAUGGACGAGGACGUGGGCGAUGCGAUCAAGCCCUACAUCGUGCACCGCUGCCGGCAGAGUAUCAACUUCUCCCUGCAGUGUGCCUUGCUGCUGGGCGCCUACUCCUCGGACAUGCACAUUUCCACUCAGCGACACUCCCGCGGGACCAAGCUGCGGAAACUCAUCCUCUCGGACGAGUUGAAGCCAGCCCACAAGAAGAGGGAGCUGCCGUCUCUGAGCUCAGCACCCGAUAUGGGGCUGUCCCCUUCCAAAAGGACUCACCAGAGGUCCAAGUCAGACGCCACCGUCACCAUCAGCCUGAGCAGCAAUCUGAAGCGCACAGCCAGCAAUCCCAAAGUCGAGAGCGAGGAAGAGGAGCUCUCCUCGAGCACGGAAAGUCUCGAGCGACCCUUCAGUCCCCCGGUCCGACUCGCUCCGGAGAGAGAGUUCAUCAAAUCGCUGAUGGCCAUCGGGAAGCGCCUGGCCACUCUGCCCACCAAAGAACAGAAAACCCAGCGGCUCAUUUCGGAGCUCUCGCUGCUCAACCACAAGCUCCCGGCGCGCGUCUGGCUGCCGACGGCCGGCUUCGACCAUCACGUGGUGCGAGUGCCCCACACCCAGGCGGUCGUGCUCAACUCCAAGGACAAGGCUCCCUAUUUAAUCUACGUUGAAGUACUUGAAUGUGACAAUUUCGACACAGCGAAUGUGCCGGCUCGCAUCCCCGAGAACCGCAUCCGGAGCACGCGAUCGGCCGAAAACCUCCCCGAGUGUGGGAUCACCCAUGAGCAGAGGACCAGCAGCUUCACCACCGUCCCCAACUACGACAACGAUGACGAGGCCUGGUCCGUGGACGACAUCGUGGAGCUGCAAGUGGAGCUGCCGGAGAUGCACACCAAUAGCUGCGACAACAUCUCCCAGUUCUCUGUGGACAGCAUCACCAGCCAGGAGAGCAGGGAGCCCGUGUUCAUAGCUGCUGGAGACAUCAGACGGCGGCUCUCGGAGCAGCUAGCGCACACCCCCACGUCCUUCAAGAGGGACCCCGAGGACCCGUCUGCUGUCGCCCUGAAGGAGCCUUGGCAGGAGAAAGUCAGGAGGAUCAGGGAAGGGUCACCCUACGGCCACCUGCCCUCCUGGCGCCUCCUCUCCGUCAUUGUGAAGUGCGGGGACGACCUGCGGCAGGAGCUCCUGGCCUUCCAGGUCCUCAAGCAGCUGCAGUCCAUCUGGGAGCAGGAGCGGGUGCCCUUGUGGAUCAAGCCGUACAAAAUCCUCGUCAUCUCCGCCGACAGCGGCAUGAUUGAGCCAGUCGUGAAUGCUGUGUCCAUCCACCAAGUCAAGAAGCAAUCCCUGCUUUCGCUGCUGGAUUAUUUCCUGCAGGAACACGGCAAUUACACUACCGAAGCCUUCCUGACUGCGCAGAGGAACUUUGUGCAGAGCUGCGCCGGCUACUGCCUGGUGUGCUACCUGCUGCAGGUGAAGGACAGGCACAACGGCAACAUCUUGCUGGAUGCAGACGGACACAUCAUCCACAUUGAUUUUGGGUUCAUCCUCUCCAGUUCCCCGAGGAACCUGGGCUUCGAGACGUCUGCCUUCAAACUCACCACCGAGUUUGUGGACGUGAUGGGCGGCCUGGACGGGGACAUGUUCAACUACUACAAGAUGCUGAUGCUGCAGGGGCUCAUCGCCGCCCGGAAGCACAUGGAUAAAGUCGUGCAGAUCGUGGAGAUAAUGCAGCAAGGUUCGCAGCUGCCCUGUUUCCACGGCUCCAGCACCAUCCGCAACCUGAAGGAGCGGUUCCACAUGAACAUGACGGAGGAGCAGCUGCAGCUGCUCAUCGAGCAGAUGGUGGACGGCAGCAUGCGCUCCAUCACCACCAAGCUCUACGACGGCUUCCAGUACCUCACCAACGGCAUCAUGUGACGGGCGCCCGGGCCGCCGAGUCCUCGGCACCGGCCGGGGCGGCUGCCGCCGGGGCUGGACACGCACACGGUAAAACUAAACGAAACAAAAAAAAAAGGAAGAAAGAACAUCCCCCCCCCCCCCCCCAAAAAAAAAAAAAAGGAGGAAAAAGCAAUGGACUCGCGGGGAAAAAAAAAAACGGAAGCAAAAAAAAAAAAAAAAAAAGGAUCAUGCGGUAACGUGAUUGCGGGACGCGGGCGGCGGACCGGGGAGGGGGCGGUGGGGCUCCCCUUCGCCUCCCCGGGGCCGGGCCGAUCGGCGCCGGGGGCGGGGGCCAGGGCCCGGCGGCUCCGGCUGCCCCCCCCCCCGGCCGCCCCCUUCCCUGCAUGUGCCGCUGCGGCAGCAGCAGCUCCCUCCUGGCCCCCCCCCCCCCCCCCCCCCGGCCCAACUUUUAGUGUAAAUCGAAUUUGGCGCCGCCGGCUCCAGCGCCCGCUGGCUUCUCCCCCCCCCCCCCCCCCCACCAGCACCCCGGGGGGGGGGGGGGCCUUUUUUUUUUUUUUUUGGUGUGUUUUGUUGUUGUUGUUGUUUAUUUCUCCCUUUUCCUCUUGCAAUAAUUUCUCACCUCGCUUUGCACCCCCCGGGGCCGGGGGGUGGGGGGGGGGGGGGGCCGCGGAGCGGGGAGUGUCCACUGGCUGCAAGCAGCCCCUGGCAGCGAGGAGGAGGAGGAGGAGGAAGGGCAGUGCAUAGCAGCCCCCCCCCCCACCCCCAAGCAAGCUCAGCCUGGGUGAGAUGGCGCUGGGGCGAGCGGGUCCCGCUGUGUCCGUAUUUCCCCCCCCCCCCCCAUGUAACCUCUGGUGUCCUCGGUCUGUUUGUUUAGCACUAAUUAUUUGUCCUGUUGAUUAUUUAGCAUUAAAGGAAAUAAAAAACCAUAGAUCAAUA